AUGUCUGGCUACGGGAGCAGCACAGAUGGCUCCGGGGAGCACUCGGAGCCGGAGGGCAGCGUGGGGACAGCCCGGGGCCUGCACCUGAGCUCUCAGCCCCAGCGGCUCUGGUGGGCGGCCAGGCACCCAGGCGGCAGCGGGGAUGCCGGGCCCCCCCUCCUGGCCAGCGCGGAGAGCCAGAGCACCGACACCGAGAGUGAAAGCAUCGUCUCCGGCAUCCCGGAAGACGGAGCAGAAGCCACAGGCCAGAACUCUGACAGUGAGCCCACAGAUGAAUGGGAGGAGCGGGAGCAAGGCGGGGAAGAGGUGGGGGCAGAGGAGCAGGAGGUGGCAGCAGCAGAGCAGCUCCAGGGCCAGAGCAGGGAGGCCAGCCGCCGCCGGCCCGUGUCCGUGCCCGAUGAGCAGGCGGCCCUGCAGGAGUGGGUGGACUCGGAGACCUCGGCGCUGCCCCGGCCCCGCUGGCAGGUGCUCAGGGCCCUGCGCGACCGCCAGCUGGGCUCCCGCGGCCGCUUCGUGUACGAGGCCUGCGGGGCCGGGCUCUUCGUGCAGCGCUUCCGCCUGCAGUACGGGCUGGAGGGCCACAGCGGCUGCGUCAACAGCGUCCACUUCAACCAGCGCGGCACCUGGCUGGCCAGCAGCAGCGACGACCUCACGGUCAUCGUGUGGGACUGGGUGCGCCAGCGCGCCGUCAUGGCCUUCAACACGGGCCACAGGAACAACGUCUUCCAGGCCAAGUUCCUGCCCAACUGCGGCGACUCCACGCUGGCCACGUGUGCCCGCGACGGGCAGGUGCGCAUCGCCCAGCUGCCCGCCAUCUCGCUCAGCAGGGUGUCCAGGCGCGUGGCCCAGCACCGCGGGGCCUGCCACAAGGUGGCCCUGGAGCCCGACUCCCCCGUCAAGUUCCUCACCGCGGGGGAGGACGCGGUGGUCUUCGCCGUCGACCUCAGGCAGGACAGCCCCGCGUCCAGGGUGGUGGUCACCAAGGAGAACGAGAGGAGGGUGGGGCUGUACGCGGUCUUCGUCAAUCCCGCCAACACCUACCAGUUUGCCGUGGGGGGACGGGACCAGUUUGUGAGGAUCUACGACCAGAGGAAAAUCCACAAGACCCACAACUACGGGGUGCUCAAGAAGUUCUGUCCUCACCACCUGGUCAACUGCGACUCCGAGUCCUUCAUCACCUGCCUGGUGUACAGCCACGACGGCACCGAGCUCCUGGUCAGUUACAACGACGAAGAUAUCUACCUCUUCCAGUCCUCCCACGCCGACGGGGCCCAGUAUCUGAAGAGAUAUAAGGGGCACAGAAAUAAUGCCACGGUCAAGGGGGUCAAUUUCUACGGGCCCCGAAGCGAGUUUGUGAUGAGCGGCAGUGACUGCGGCCACAUCUUCCUCUGGGAGAAAUCCUCCUGUCAGAUCGUCCAGUUCAUGGAGGGGGACAGGGCGGGGAACAUCAACUGUCUUGAGCCCCACCCUUACCUCCCUGUGAUGGCGACCAGUGGCCUAGACCAUGAUCCCAAGAUCUGGGCACCCACAGCCAAGGCCACCACUAAGCUUAUUGGGUUACAUGAUGUGAUUAAGAAGAACAAGCAGGAUCGAGAUAAAGAUGGCUCUGGCCACAACCACUUGUUUGACAAUAACAUGCUUUCAUUCCUCAUGCAUCACUUCACACAUGGAAAUCAUCCUAGUCCACGGCUGCACAGGGCACCUCUUGAAGGUAGAGUCCUGGAUGUUGAGUCAGAAGAGUCUUCUGGUUCCUCAGAUACAUCCCAGCAAGAAGAAAACUAA